GUUACCUUAUCUGCAACGCAGAAACGUCAAAACGCAAUCACCAACGCGGAGUCAAGUUGAUGCCAGCCACACCGAAACCUUGGGCUCGCUGGCGCGCCGGGUAGUGCCUCCGUAGAUUGUGCAAACAAACGCAACUCAAUGGCGGAAAGAAACAGCAUAGACGCUCCGGGCGCGGGGGGGCCCGCGCCAACAUCGCCCACCACGACCAGCUCAGUCAAUAAGUUCCAGAGCGCCAUCUCGCAAUGGCGGAGUCUCGAUUUCACGACGCUCGUUUCCGGCCUAGACAACACGGCAUCCGAGAUCGUGGCCUUUCAGCGGGAUUCGACCGUACAACGGAAGGAUCUGGCGCAGAAAACCAAAGACUUCAGAAAGCUGGAUGAAGCCAGCAAGCUUACCGAAAUCAAGGGCUUGCUCAAGGCCUAUCAAACCUUCAUCGACCUCCUGACCAACCAUUCCAAGUCUGUCAACUCGGCCUUUCUACACGCCUACACGUCAUUGUCCGAGGCGCCAGACCCGUAUCCGCUGCUUGAAGCCUCGGUGGAUUCGAUGCUGGUCUCGGAAGACACUUUACCGAAGCUUAGCCAAGAGAACCAGCAUCUGCAAGAGACCGUGUCCCGGCUGACCACCCAACUCGAGGACACCGAAUCUCGAUUACAAACAGAACGCGACGCGAGGAAGAAACUCGAGGGGAGUCUCGAGAGCAAGGUCAAGGAGGUCGAGGAGUCAUGGACGGCUGUACUGGAGGAGAAGAAGGACAAUUGGGCCGCCAAGGAGAAAGCGCUGGAGGACAAAAUCGAAAACCAGGAUCGUCUCCUCAACGAGAUCAAGGCUAGCUACGAAGUCAAUCAGCGUCUGGGAAAGUCCGAUGAUGCGGAGGAGGGCCAACGAGGAUAUGUCACAAGCGCGGAGCUCGAGAUGGUGAACUCCGACCUGGAGCGGACGAGCGCACGACUUGCGGAUAUGGAGGCCCGUAACGAACAGCUGCGGUUGGAACUGGCCCAGGCCAAGUCACAGGUACCGACCCAACCCUCGACAGCCUUGGAGGACGACCCGGGUUACAUGCGGGUGAGGUCAGAGAACUCAUCCUUGAUUCGAAAGCUUGAUGCGGCGAGGGUGGAAAAGGAAGGCUUAAAAAGGGACUGGGACGCCAAACUUCGGGGGCUCGAAAGAGAGGCUGCCUUGCUCAGGAAUGAGAGGGACAACCUGAAAGCGAAGGUGCAGAAAUGGAGUGACUAUGACGAGGUCAAGCAGGAGCUCGAAGUCUUGAAAAGCAUCGAGUUUUCGACAGGUGAGGACGAGGACGUGCGGGAUGUUGCCGUUGGCGACGACAGCGCCGCAACCAAGGCAAAGGGAGACACACUCGAACAGCUGCUCCUGGCCCGAAACAAGAAGCUAAGCGACGAGCUCACCAUCCUGCGGGUGUCACACCAAGACCUGCAAAGCAGGCUCCAGACACUACAAGGCGAACUCUCCCGGACAAACGCCGAGCUCGAGAAGUCCCAAAGCUUGAACGAAAAGCUUGAAAACGAGCUUUCCACCAUUCAAACGGAGGCACCCAACGCCUUCCCCUCGGGCGCCUCCGUCGCGGGCACCUACAUAAGCCGCUACACCCCGUCCAUCGCGCCCGGCCGUAAGGGAGGCCGAACCUCGCCCACUUCAUCCAUCAUCAGCGGCUUCAACCCUCGCGACCUGUCCGACGACAGGCCUGCGGGCAUGGGCGGCGGUUCAGGCAUUCUGCCCAUGGUCACGGCUCAGCGUGACCGCUUCAAGAAGCGCAACGCGCAGCUUGAGCAGGAACUCUCCGAAACGCACCGCACUGUCUCCCAACUCAGGCAGGAAAUCGCCGCGCUGCAGCGCGACAACCUCAACCUCUACGAGAAGACACGCUACGUAUCCACCUACAACCGCUCCGGGCCCGUCGCAACGACAUCCUCCUCCUCGGCGUACGCCGCCAACCCCAAUCCGUCCGCCAUCUCUAUCUCCUCCCCAAGCUCCCCUGGCGGCGGCCCAACCGGCGGGAUCGCGCUGGACAGGUACCGCAAGGCGUACGAGUCCAACCUCUCACCCUUCGCGGCCUUCAGAGGGCGCGAAUCGGCGCGGGCGUACAAAAGGAUGAGCGUACCCGAGAGGAUGGUGUACUCGGUUGCGCGGAUGGUGCUAGCGAGCCGCACGAGUAGGAACCUGUUCGCGCUUUACUGCGUUGCGCUGCACCUGCUGGUGUUUUUCUCGCUGUACUGGAUGGGGACCGCAGACAUGGAUAGGAGCAUGGUGGGUGCGGCGGCUAUGGCUGCUGGUGCUGGCGCCCACAAGAUCCCUGUUGCGGCCGGUGGUGGUGGUGGUAGUGGUGGAGGGUGGGAGAAGGAGGGGUUGAGUGGGUGA